UAUGAUCUCUGCACUCUCCCUCAAUAUCGAACACAACAGUGACGAGGAGACACAGAAAGGAGCAAGACAGAUCAGCUGGUUAAGUGGUGUCACAGAAACAACCUUGCACUCAACAUCAGAAAGACCAAGGAGUUUAUUGUGGAUUUCGGGAAGGGUUAAGUGCUCAUCAAAGGAUCAAAAGUGAAAACGGUUACGAGAAAGCUGAGGAUACCUCUGAGAAAACCUCACUAGCUGAUCAAGAAGAUAUGAGGAUAAUAUUUAUCAACCGACCUCAACUAGUAAAAUUUUGUAGUAACCAUGUCAGCACUGCAAAAUAUAACCUGCUUACAUUCCUGCCAAGAUUCCUCUACUCACAGUUCAGAAGAGCAGCAAAUUCAUUUUUCCUGUUUAUAGCCCUUCUGCAACAAAUCCCUGAUGUUUCCCCGACUGGUCGUUAUACAACCUUGGUCCCACUGUUAUUCAUUCUUCUUGUGGCUGCAGUCAAAGAAAUAAUAGAAGACAUUAAAAGACACAGUGCUGACAGUGGAGUGAAUAAGAAAAAGGCACAAGUGCUGAGAAAUGGUGCUUGGGAAAUUGUCCAUUGGGAAAAGGUAGAGGUUGGCGAUAUAGUUAAAAUAAAUUGCACAGAAUACAUACCUGCUGAUACUGUACUACUAUCAUCAAGUGAACCACAAGCAAUGUGUUAUAUUGAAACUUCUAAUUUAGAUGGAGAAACAAAUCUUAAGAUUCGUCAGGGUCUACCCCAGACAGCAGACAUAAAAGAUAUUGAAAGUUUAAUGAAUUUUUCGGGCAAACUUGAGUGUGAGAGUCCCAACCGACACCUAUAUGAUUUUGUUGGCAAUCUUCAAUUUGAUGGAAAAAGCACGUACCCCUUGGGCCAAGAUCAAAUUCUUCUGCGAGGCGCUCAAUUAAGAAACACGCAGUGGGUUCAUGGAAUAGUAGUUUAUACAGGACACGAUACAAAGCUCAUGCAGAAUACAACGCAAGCUCCACUGAAGUUGUCAAAUGUGGAACACAUCACAAAUGUACAAAUCCUCUUCUUAUUUGGUAUACUGCUCUUCAUAUCUUUGGUAUGUGCCAUUGGUUCCACAAUUUGGAAUAAAAGACACUCUGAAGGAGUCUGGUACCUUCACUUCAGUGAGAGUGGAGCUGCUUAUUUUGGAUUGAACUUUUUAACUUUCAUCAUCCUCUUUAAUAACCUGAUUCCAAUUAGCCUCUUAGUAACACUGGAAGUUGUAAAGUUUAUCCAAGCAUUUUUCAUUAAUUGGGAUAUUGAUAUGUUAUAUGAACCAACCAACACUCCUGCCAUGGCGAGAACAUCUAAUUUAAAUGAAGAACUGGGACAGGUGAAAUAUAUAUUCUCAGAUAAAACUGGAACUUUAACCUGUAAUGUUAUGGAGUUUAAGAAAUGUACAGUAGCAGGAAUUGCUUAUGGUCAUUUUCCUGAUCAUGAGGAUUUUAGAUACUCUGAAGAUUAUGGGCAAGCUGAUUCAUCAAAUGGAGAAAGUACAUUUCAAGAUGUUUCUCUGCUGGAAAAUCUUAAGGGCAAUCAUCCCACAGCGCCUGUCAUCUGUGAAUUUUUAACAAUGAUGGCAAUUUGCCAUACAGCUGUGCCUGAGAGAGAUGCUGACAGGAUAAUCUACCAAGCCUCAUCCCCAGAUGAAGGAGCACUAGUAAGAGCAGCAAGACAAUUGGGUUUUGUGUUCAGUGGGCGAACUCCAAAUUCUGUCAUUAUAGAAGCUCUUGGACAAGAAGAAAAAUAUGAACUGCUUCAUGUUCUUGAGUUUACAAGCAACAGAAAACGAAUGUCUGUGAUUGUCCGUACACCGUCAGGAAAGCUGCGGCUUUACUGUAAAGGAGCAGAUACGGUUAUUUAUGAACGGUUGUCUGAGAGUUCACGUUACAAGGACAUCACUUUGAAACACUUAGAGCAGUUUGCUACAGAAGGAUUGAGAACCUUGUGCUUUGCAGUUGCUGAAAUUUCAGAGAUGAUGUACCAAGACUGGCUGGAAAUAUAUCAACGGGCUUCCACUGCACUGCAGAACAGGAUACUCAAGCUUGAAGAAAGUUAUGAACUGAUCGAAAAAAAUUUGCAAUUGCUUGGAGCUACAGCGAUUGAAGAUAGACUACAAGACAAAGUUCCUGAAACUAUAGAAACAUUAUCCAAAGCAGACAUCAAAAUUUGGAUUCUGACCGGAGACAAGCAGGAAACUGCUAUUAAUAUAGGACAUGCAUGUAAACUUCUAACGAAAAACAUGGGUCUUAUGGUUCUAAAUGCACAUACUCUCGAUACAACAAGAGAAACACUGAGCCACCACUGCAGUACUCUGGGUGAUGCAUUGCGCAAGGACAAUGACUUUGCAUUGAUCAUUGAUGGAAAAACUCUCAAAUAUGCCCUGACAUUUGGAGUGCGACAAUCCUUUUUGGAUCUAGCACUGUCUUGCAAAGCUGUCAUCUGCUGCCGAGUUUCACCUCUACAAAAGUCAGAAAUAGUUGAGAUGGUGAAGAAACAGGUGAAAGUUAUAACAUUAGCAAUAGGUGAUGGAGCAAAUGAUGUGGGAAUGAUUCAAACGGCCCAUGUCGGUGUUGGAAUAAGUGGAAACGAGGGUUUACAAGCAGCAAACUCUUCUGAUUAUUCUAUUGCUCAGUUCAAGUACCUGAAGAACUUGCUGCUGGUUCAUGGAGCUUGGAACUAUAAUCGUGUAGCAAAAUGUAUCCUGUAUUGUUUUUACAAAAACAUAGUCCUGUAUAUUAUUGAGAUCUGGUUUGCUUUCGUUAAUGGCUUCUCAGGACAGAUUCUCUUUGAAAGAUGGUGUAUUGGUCUCUACAAUGUUAUUUUCACAGCUUUGCCUCCCCUCACCUUGGGAAUAUUUGAGAGAACCUGUCGAAAGGAAAAUAUGUUGAAAUAUCCAGAGCUAUACAAAACGUCACAGAAUGCACUGAACUUCAACACAAAGGUUUUCUGGGUUCAUUGUUUGAAUGGCCUGUUCCACUCGAUUAUUCUGUUUUGGUUCCCACUGGAAGCCCUCAAGCAUGACACUGUAUUUGAAAAUGGAAAGACGCCUGGCUGCCUGCUACUAGGAAAUAUGGUUUACACAUUUGUGGUAAUUACUGUUUGUUUAAAAGCUGGUUUGGAAACCUCGUCCUGGACCACAUUCAGUCAUGUGGCCAUCUGGGGCAGCAUUGGAAUGUGGGUGGUGUUUUUUGCAAUCUACUCUUCACUCUGGCCGGCGAUUCCAUUGGCUCCUGACAUAUCUGGAGAGGCUGUAAUGUUAUUCAGCUCUGGUGUUUUUUGGAUGGGCCUGUUCUUCAUCCCAGUUGCCACCCUGCUGUGUGAUGUUGUUUACAAAGUCUUUAAGAGAACUUUUUGUAAGACUAUGGUGGAAGAGGUGCAGGAACUGGAAGCACAGUUUCGGGAUCCAGGUGCAGCUGUAUAUGGCAAAAGUUUAAGUGAAAGAGCUCAACUCUUGAAGAAUGUUUUUAAGAAAAAUACUUUCAACUUGCACCGUUCUGAUUCAUUGCAACAAAGUUCAUUACAUGGGUAUGCCUUUUCCCAGGACGAGAAUGGCAUUGUGUCGCAAUCUGAAGUGGUCAGGGCCUAUGACACCACCAAGCAGAGACAGGAUGACUGGUAAACAGUUAAUACAGGAACGUGAAUUCCAAAGAAGUACUUUCAGCUGAGAAUGGGACUCCAAGCUUUGAAAUAUCCAACUUUGCAAAAUCAUGCUGUUACGAUCUUGCAAAGGCAUGAAGAGGUUGGAUUGUGUGUUUGAUGAAAGGGAGAAGUGUUAAUCAGUUUUGUUGCGUACACAAUAGACACAAACACUGUGCAAAUCCAUGUUGUAUAAAUUCACUGCUAGAAUGCCAACACGAUACAUGUUAACAACUGGUUUGGCUGGACUUGAAAUUUGUCACUUUACAUUAUUGGGCUGACUUCUGACAUUUUGAAUAUAUAUAUAGAUAAUUUAUUAUUUUUAAUUUAAAUUCUGAUUGUUAUGAGCAUUACUUUAUGUCUUUGUUCUAACAGAGUACUAAUUCCUAAAUUUCACUGUUUCAUUUAAUUGAAUGAGCACUGAUUAAACCUUUAUACAGAUUUGCCAUUUUCCCCCCUUUUGGAUAUUUAAUAUUUGUCGCUAUAACCCAGACAGAUAUUUUGAAGCAUUCUCUUUGUGACUGCCUUAUAGAUUCUUCAUGUAGAAUGAUACUGAGAGAAGUACCGCAGAAUCAAAAGUGACAUACUCAUGUGCCAAAUAAAUCUACAAAAGCAACCCAGGAUGAUUCUUUGGUCAAGGCACUGAAUAAACUGCAGAAUUAAUUUUAAAAAUUUCAAAUGCUAAAACAUACUUCAUUGAAAUAGUGUUAAACAUGGUGCUAGUGCUACUCUUGUAAUUGCCAUUAUUUUGCCAAAAUUAAAAUUGAGCUUUGGUCACUAACAUGUUGUCUCAUCAAAUGUUAGAAUUUGCCAUCAGCCCUAUGCUUCAGUGUACUGCCAUUAGGUAUGGAACAAAUUUCAAGUCCCAUUUGUACUUUUUCUUAUUCACUCUGAUGGGUGUAAUUUGCACAUGCAAUGACUUGUUGAAAGAUUUGACUAAUGCCUUUUUGGCACUUGCUUCUGAACUUGUCUAUCUCAAAUUAUGGCCUUGGAUAUGCUUUUCUCUGCCUAAUAUUCAAAUCAAAUUUCAGAGUGGAAAUAGUGUUGUAUAUUCUGUGCCUGGCUACAUCUGCAGUGUAUGCUUGUGUUAGUGACUUUCUAAUGGAUUUAAUAUUCAACAAGCAUUUCCAAUCUUUUUAAUGUCCUAAACAAGAAUCUUUGCAUCCCAAAUAAAAGAGUGCAGGGGAGAGCGUUUCUGGUAUGUAGUACUUUUACAUAACUUGUUUUAAAAUAAUUCCACUGGGGAGAAAAUUUCUAUAAUUCACUAUUUUGUAUCCAUUGAAAUAGAUAGUUACUACCUGUAUACUUUUCCCCUUUUCCCCUCCUCUGUCUUGCAGUUUGCCAUGGACAAGUAAGAUCUUGUGGUUACAGAGAAAAGAUUAGAUAAAAUGCUGACUUUAUUUUGUUACUGAACACCAUCUUAACAGGAUCAACAGCUUAUAUUUGAUAUUUACCAGGAUUAUUUAAUUAUAUAUUUAGACUUGCCAAUGAACAUGUAGCCAAUUCUAGUUCACUUCUAAAGUUGAACUUAAUUUGUUUUUGUUGGAUUAAUUUCAGCAGUAUUGUUCAAUCAAAAAUUAAUCUUACAUCACAUAAUUGCUAAAGAACUGUCAUUUUUACAGUCAUUUUAUUUAUUUCCAAAUGCAAGUUUAAGUUCACUUUACCUCUAUUAUCUAUAGUUAUAUAGUUAUCACACUUUAUGUAUGUCAGAUAACCAAUGUGACCUGCAUGUAGGAUUUUACAUUUUCAUCUCCUGGAAGAUCAUCUUGUCAAGUUUAUUCACAGAUGUUAGUAUGUUGCUUUCUUUGCAUUAAACUCCAUUAUCUGCAAUAUGUAACCCAUAUUUCAAUCACUUUUAAUAGCAUUCCGAUCAAAACUUGUCCUUAAUUUAAUAUUAGUUAUGAUAUAAACUACACACACACACACGUAAAGGGCAUUUUAGUAAUCCAGUUUUAUCGUUGACUUUUCACCACAAAGCAUCUAGAUUUGACUCUAAUACUGAUUAUGAAUGUGGAUCUUAGCAAAUAGUGAGGUAUAAAAGGUAAAAACAA